AUGGAGCCAGCAACGUAUGAUGCUCAAGAUGAGGUGUACUACAUUGAUUGUAACGCUAAGCCUUCUUUGGACUUGACAAUCGGUGGCAACACAUACACCAUCACUGCCCAGAACCUCGUCAUUCCAUCUGGUGACGGCCGUUGCCUCUUGGCCAUCUUUGGAAUGAACACCUUUGGAUUCGGUCCAGCAUGGAUUCUCGCGAUCACUUGCAUAUCGCAGGAUAUGCUUGCAUUGAGUGUCAAAUCAUUUGGAAAGGAAUCGGAGAAGUUUAAAACAAAGUCACCCUUCGGUCGAAUGCGCUGGCUACUGGCUUUACUGGCCCUGAUGGGCUACGUGUUAGGAGGCACUAUUUAUCAAACACCUGUACGAAAAAUCGAAAGCCUACGAAAGCGGAUGAUCAGAGAAGGGACAUGGGGCGAGUACCUGAAGAAGAUGAAUGCCAUACGGUCUAAAUCGUUACCCAAUGGCGAAAUUCAUUCACAGAAGGUUCACGAUUAUGCAGACAGUGAGUACCUUGGCGACAUCACGAUCGGAACACCUGGACAACCUUUUCUGGUAAGUUCACAUUCAUAUGAAUUCUUUACAGCUGCGUUACUGUGGAAAUUAUUAUUGCCCAAAGUAUCCUUUAAUAACAUAUUCCUCUACCAGGUAGUCUUGGAUACUGGCAGUGCGAACCUGUGGAUACCUGACGUAACAUGUGCUCGUUCGAACAAAGUCUGCAAUCAGCCGAAAUGCGCUGCUGGAUUGGUAUGCAAGGUUUUCUGUCCGGAACAAGAAUGUUGCAAAAGAGGGUCGAGCAGCAACAAAAAGAAUGCAUGCAAAGGCAAGAAAUACUUUGAAUCCGAGAAAUCGACUUCUUACGUGAAACUCGAAAACAGGACGCAAUUUUCAAUUGCGUAUGGUACCGGGAGCGCGAGAGGAUUCCUUGGAAAUGACACUGUGCGUUUCGGGGCUGAAAAUGAAAGCCAGCUAAUUGUUCCUGGUGCUGUGUUUGGUCAAGCCGAGAAAAUUGCAGAUUUCUUCGCUGAUGAUCCAAUCGAUGGUAUCCUGGGGUUAGCAUUCCGGGGAUUAGCUGUGAAAAAUGUCAACCCUCCGUUUCUACGAGCUGUCGAUCUUGGUAUAGUGGAUCCGAUCUUUACAGUUCACCUGAAGCGCUUGGGAGAAUUGGCUGACGGUUCCUAUGGAGGUGUUUACACGUACGGCGGCCUUGACAAGGAAAAUUGCGAUGAGGUGGUAGUGUACGAGAAGCUCACGAAGCCCUUAUUUUGGCAGUUUCGAUUGAAAGGAUUCACUGCGGGAAAUGUGGCUAUUAAAACGGGCUGGGAAGUGAUUUCCGACACCGGCACAUCGUUUAAUGGCAUUCCCACCCCAAUCGCGGACAAGAUAGCUAAGGAAUUCGACGCGAUGUACGAUUCGUACUACGAUAUCUACGUGAUCGACUGCAAUGCGCAGGUGUCAUUGAGCCUGACUAUCGGCGACCAUGACUAUGUGAUUGAAUCAGAAAAUCUUAUUACAAGAGUCGAAAACAUUUGCAUGCUGACGAUGUUUCCCAUGGAUAGUGGCGGCUUCGGACCGCAGUGGAUUCUCGGCGAUCCGUUCAUCCGUCAAUACUGCAAUAUCCACGAUGCCGGCAAUAAGCGUAUCGGCUUUGCAAAGUCAAAGUGA